GUGAAGCUGAUGAACUUUGAGGAGGAGGUGCGGGCGUAUCGUGACCUGGACGGCUUCCUGGCCAGAGCUAGCAUCCUAUUGGACGAAACGGCGGUGGCGCUAGAUGACGUUCUGAAGAGGAUGUUGCAUCACGUGGAGCAGGACAGCCACGCGGCAGAGCCAGGAUGCAAUUUUGAGGAGGUUAUGAGCAUGUUGUUCACCGACGCAGGAACUCAGGAGGUUAACGUCCACCUGGUAUCGGAGACUAUCCAGGGAGUGACAGCCACCACCACUGGAAUCCAGUACCAACAGUCCUGGCUAUGUAUCCUCUGCAAUGUGAAAAGUCUCCAGAGACGUCAUGUCUGUAUCUCUCGUCUGGAGCGGCCUCAGAACUGGGGACAGAACUGCUGUGAAGUCCGUUAUGUCAUCCUCAUCCUGGCACCACUCAGAAUGAAGAGUACGAAGACAGCGAUGGAGCUCGGCAGGACAUUUGGGACGUUAUUCUCAGACAUCUCGUUCAGACAGAAGCUCCUGGAGACCAAGACCCAGGAGGAGUUUAAAGAAGCCCUGGUGUUCCAACGACACCAGCUCACAGCAGCCAAUCAGCAACCUGCUGCAGUGGAGGAGGAGGAGACUGACCCACGCUCCCACAAACCACUCAAGUGUAAAGACUUCUUCAGGGCCGGGCGGGGGAUUUAUGAAGACCUGUGUCGCAGACUGCCACUUUACUCCUCAGACUUCACAGAUGGUAUAGUAGGCAGUAAUAAGACUGUACUGAAGUACAUGACAACAACUAUCUUCCUGUACAUUGCUAUCCUCCUCCCUGCCAUCGCUUUCGGCUCACUCAACGAUGAGAGAACACGGGGAGAGAUUGAUGUCCAGAAGACCAUUAUCGGCCAAAGUAUAGGAGGAAUAAUCUAUUCUCUUUUCGCUGGGUCACCGUUGGUCAUCCCUUUGACCACGGCUCCACUGGCCAUCUUCAUCAGUGUGAUCCGUUGUAUCUGUGAUGACUAUGACCUGGACUUCCCAGCGUUCUACGCCUGCAUCGGUCUCUGGAACUCCGUCUUCCUCAUCCUGGGAGGCAUCUUCAAUGUCUCCCUGCUCAUGAAGCUGUUCAAAAGGUCAACAGAGGAGGUCAUAGCUCUGUUCAUCUCUAUAGCCUUCGUAGUGGACGCUCUGAAAGGAACCAUCACAAUCUUCCAUAAAUACUACCACUCCUCGAUGCUGACCAAUGGAAGUGGUGAGGCGUUGCUAUGGCUACAGGAGCAGUGGGGUGUGACCCUACUGGGGGGUAAUGGGACGGGGGCGGGGGGAGCAGAAGGAGGAGGGGUGGAGGGAUUCAGCUCCAGCUCUCUCCCUCUGCCUGACUCCUUCAUCCAGUCUACCAGGGAGAGACCAGUCCUGUGUCUGCUGCUAAUGCUGGGAACCCUGUGGCUGGGCUACACCCUCUACCAGUUUAAACAGAGUCCAUUCCUCCAUGCCAAGGUGAGAGAGGUGUUGUCAGACUGUGCCCUGCCCAUCUCCGUUUUGGCAUUCUCCUUCAUUGGAUCCUACCUGUUCAACGACAUCGAGCUUCCAGUGUUUAACUUCCAUAACAGUGCGAUGUUCAACGUUGCUCAAUUUGAGAAGUUGUCAGCCAUGAAUGUUUUGUCGGCCAUGGGCCUCGGCUUCCUCCUGGCUCUCCUCAUCUUCAUCGACCAGAACAUUGUGGUCUCUCUCACCAACUCUCCAGAGAACAGGCUGCUGAAGGGAACAGCGUACCACUGGGACCUGAUGCUCUCUGGGCUCAUCAAUAUCCUGAUGUCUGUCCUGGGGUUACCAUGGAUGCACGCAGCCUUCCCCCACUCCACCCUGCACGUCAGACAGCUAGCCUUCAUAGAGCAGCGGGUAGAGGGAGGAUAUCUAUAUGAGACUAUCGUCAGUGUGAAGGAGACCAGGCUAACAUCUCUAGUGGCCAACAUCUUCGUCGGAGUGUCAGUGUUUCUGCUACCGGUCCCUCUCCAGUGGAUCCCCAAACCUGUCCUCUACGGGCUCUUCCUUUACAUCGCACUCACAUCUAUAGAGGGGAACCAGAUGUGUGACCGCAUGGCCCUGCUUCUCAAAGAACAGACAUCCUACCCACCUGCCCACUACAUCCGUAAGGUCCCCCAGAGGAAGAUCCACUUCUUCACCUUCCUGCAGAUGAUGCAGUUACUUGUGCUGUGUGGCUUUGGCAUGUCCCCUCUACCCUACAUGAAGAUGACGUUCCCUCUCCUUAUGGUACUGCUUGUACCUAUCAGGAACUGUGUUCUUCCUCACAUCAUAGAGGCUAAAUACCUGGAUAUCAUGGACGCCCAACACAUGUAA